CCAUCAAAGACACCGAACGUCACGAAGUCAGACCGUCGGACUACGAACAGGUUGAAAAGCCCCAGAGGCUCGUAGCUAUAUUCAAAUACUGCUGGUUGCAGGUUGUGACCGUAUCUGAUACACAAGCUGGAAGGUCUCAGCGCAGCGUGGGUGCCCAGGGAUCCACUGCCUGAGUGUGGCGAGAGCGGCGGCCGAGGCCCCAGAGACAUGAACCACACCAAGGGCGGUUUGGUGAUCUUCACCGCCAACUCGCACCCGUCGAGUCGCGAGCUGGGCAAGAGGAUCGCUGAGCGGUUAGGGGUGGAGCUGGGGAAGGUUCAGGUGUACCAGGAAGCAAACAGAGAAACACGGGUACAGAUCCAGGAAUCGGUGCGAGGCAAAGAUGUCUUCAUCAUCCAGACUGUGUCAAAGGACGUCAACACCACCAUCAUGGAGAUGCUGAUCAUGGUGUACGCCUGCAGGACGUCGUGUGCGCGCAGCAUCACCGGUGUCCUGCCCUACUUCCCCUACAGCAAGCAGUGCAAGAUGAGGAAAAGGGGCUCCAUCGUCUCUAAGCUCAUCGCCUCCAUGGUCUGUAAAGCCGGCCUCACUCACCUGAUCACUAUGGACCUCCAUCAGAAGGAGAUUCAGGGCUUCUUCAACAUUCCAGUGGACAAUCUGAGAGCGUCUCCGUUUCUGCUUCAGUACAUCCAAGAGGAGAUCCCCGACUACAGAAAUGCUGUAAUUGUAGCAAAAUCUCCGGCUUCAGCAAAAAGGGCUCAGUCGUUCGCUGAACGACUGCGUCUCGGCAUCGCAGUGAUCCACGGAGAAGCUCAGGAUGCUGAGUCGGACCAGGUAGACGGACGCCACUCCCCACCCACCGUCAAGACCACUGGAGCCAUUCACCCGAGCAUGGAGAUACCAUUGCUGAUCCCUAAAGAAAAGCCUCCAAUCACGGUGGUGGGAGACGUAGGGGGACGCAUCGCCAUUAUAGUGGAUGACAUCAUCGAUGACGUCGAUAGCUUCGUGGCGGCGGCAGAGACGCUAAAGGAGAGAGGGGCCUACAAGAUUUUUGUCAUGGCGACGCACGGACUACUCUCCUCGGAUGCCCCGAGGUUCAUAGAAGAGUCCGCCAUUGACGAGGUGGUGGUGACCAACACAAUCCCCCACGAGCUGCAGAAGCUCCAGUGCCCAAAGAUCAAAACGGUAGACAUCAGCAUGAUCCUGUCGGAGGCCAUCCGCCGCAUCCACAACGGAGAGUCCAUGUCCUAUCUGUUCCGCAACAUCGGUGUGGACGACUGAGCCACGCGUCACACUUUUUACGUGACUUUCUAUCCCUGUGGGAACAAUCCUUUAAUAUGUUGCAUCUCCUUUCCCUCUCGCACUAACACAGCUUCAGAGCCAGAGGUUAAUCUAUUGGUUGGUUUGAGGUCAGGUUAGUGUUUAUGCUGGAAUACAAAACAAAAUCCACUCUUGUUAAGCUAUAUUUAUGUUUGUUCCUAGCUCAUAAUCCUGCACAGCCUAAUUCUAACUGCUACCUUCAGGGUCUUUCUCUGACGACACAAGAUGACGAAUCCAAUUUACAAACUACCCCAACUGACACACAUCUGUUCUUCCUUAAACUAUUCACACUCCUUGAGUUUUUCACAUUUUGUCUUGUUAUAGUCACAAACAUCAGUGCAUUUUAUUGGGAUUUGAAUUGAUAAACCUACAAAGUAAAGGAAAAAUUCUAUACAUUUUGAUACUUUCUGUCCCCACCACAUGAUGCUUCUGCUGCUACAUUUCACUGUGUGGAUGAUGUGUUCAGAGUAAUGUGUAGUGUUGAUUUUCCACCUCAUGUAGGUAAGAUCAGAAAACAUUCUUUUAUGUCAGGACUUUGUUUGGCCAUCUUUCAAUGGUGGCUUUCUUCUUGACUUCCAAAUUUCACACUCUGUUGCCCUUUUUCUCUUUUAAGUCCACGAUCUACACAUUUUUUACCCUCUCCUUAUGGAAAUGACCUGGACUUGGAGUGAAAGGUUGAAGUCUACUUACUAAUAUUUAAGAGUUGAACAGAUAAAUCGGCCCCAAUUUCUUUAAUUCUUUAAUUUUAGGUGAUUGGCCGAUGAACCGAUCUUAUCUACCUCUGCAACGAUCUGAAAACCAGCCACUGUCCCCUUAACAAUAGUCACCCCACCUUUGCUGACUUAGCAACUUUGUCGCUAUAUUUAGCGACUUUUCAAAAUCAUUAUCAAAUCAUUCAGAAAAUUGUAAUCGGUGCACCCCUAAUUGUUAGACCUCAGAUCUACAUGAGAUCAUCAAAGAUGCAUGUCAACGGUUUGUUGCAUCUCCAGGAUUGUGAAACGAGUGUAACCUGGUGAUGUUGGGCAAAUCAAAGAUGGCAUCCCCAGAAACCAGACACAUGACUUUUUGUGGGCCUAUUAAAGCUGCAAGCUCUGACAGCACACAGGUGGAAUACAAACGGAAAAAAUGCUUUUCUGUUUAAGUUUGCAAACAUUGAUGUUUGAGGUUAUAAUUUGACAGAAUGUGGAAAAGCUUACUCAUUGUAUAUGGAUUACUGCCUAGCCUUCCACUGUCUAAACACUUCAUUAUCUUCCUUAAUUGCCUUCUAUAUUUUUUCCACUCCAAAAAUUAAUGUAAAACAUUUGUACUGUCAAUUUUUUUUUGCAAUUUGAUGAGUUAGAGGUUGUACUGAGAGUCGGUGCCUUCUGCAGGGGUUUGAACACAAGCCUUCACGGGUUCGCUGCAUAUCUGUUAAUGUCACUGAUUGCUUAUUGAAACUGCUGGAUUAUGCAGGUUGAAGCUAAUUAACCGAUGCUGAGUAUCUUUCAAUUUAAAUGUCUGUUUUUUUUUUAAAUAAAUUUUUUCAGGUUGAUUGAUAGUUUAGCUUCCAGUUAGCCAUAUAUCUGUAGUUGCCAUAGAGUUAGAUUAUGAUGCGUCAAAUGUUUUUAUUUUUUUAAAUUUAACUGGAAUUGACAGAAACUUUUUCAAAAUUCUAACUGGAAAUCAGAUUUAACAGUCGAUCACCUGUGUAACGUUUUUCAUUGAUAAUCCAUAUGAAUCAUCGUGCCAUCAUUACAGCGCUUCCAUUUAAUGUUGGGUUCUGCCAUAAAUGAGCAACAUUUGUUGGUAAAUCUGAGAAACUUAAUUGUCUUUUACAUUUUUUAUUAUUAUUUUUAGAUUUGAAGGUGAGAAUAAAAUAAUGUUACAUAUGAUGGUCAGAAGUGUUUUAAUGAUGAUGAAAUGGGUAAAUACUUGAUCCUUGGAUCUGUGUGGAGGAGAUGAGUUUAGUUUGUUUUAAUAGGAGAUGUUCCAAACUGGAGCUGGAACUGAUAAACAGGCUUUUCUUCUGACACACAAAGCUUGACUGAAGCAGGUCUUUGUUACCUUGCCCAAUGUUUCAAAAAAAAAAAAAGUUUUUGUAUUUAUUUUCUGCACCAAAAAAUGAAUAAACAUGUUCUAAAAAGAAA